GAGGAAGGGGGGCCGUUUUAGCGACGGACCUCCGAGCUGCGGGGGAACGCAUUAGGGUGACCUCUCCGGAUUCGUGAUUUCAGCCCCCUCCCGUCGCCGUGGUUACCGCCUGGAGGGUCGGGGGCGUCGCUGAGCAUCAUGAGUGCGACCUUGGGGAAAGUUUUGUCCCUGGGAAAGGAAUCUGUUUUAAAGCAAGGAUCUGCUUUUUUCAGCCUUUUGUUAAAAUCAUCCAGAAGGAAUCCAAUCUGUUCUGCAGGCGUCGUACAGCAGAAUUUUCAGAGGCACUACAGGUCUCAGCCCACCCACGGCAUUGGCCGGUACAGACAUCUCCUUCCGCCAGAGGAGCCUAAAAAAAGGAAGAAUCAUGUGGAAAUGAAGGAAAUUGACCCUGGCACCGAACAUCAAUAUGGGACCUUGAACAUUGUGCUGACGGGCUACGACGUCUCUCUGGUGGAGCACUACGCUUGCUACGUGCAUCGGCUCUGCAACAAGUUGUCGAUCAGUGUGGUCGAAAGCUAUGCCCUACCCACGAAGACUGAAGAGCUGGUGUUGACCGGGGAACAGGACAACAAACUUCGAGUGGAUGCCGUCCUUACGAGCCACCAGCGUGUCGUCCAGAUUAAACAGCUGGCUGCCACGUUUAGUCCUAUUUUCUUGGAAAUUAUUCAGAAUAACGUGCCCGAAGGAAUCCAUCUAUUAGUGAAAGAGCACACGGAGGAAGACUUCAGGAUCCGAUUGAAGGUCCGCACUGAACUGGAUGAGCUUCGGGCUAAACUGCAGUGAGACGGGCCGAUAGCCGAUUAUGCUUUCCAUCGGUCGAAGCCAUCCUUCCGGACUUCCUCAGCCAGCACGGGUGGGCUUCAGCUCCCACAGUUCUUCAGCCAGGACGGGGUGGACUUCAACUCCCAGAAUUCCCCAGCCAGCAUGGCUGGCUGGGGAAUUCUGGGAGUUAAGAGUCCACCCGUCUUCAACUUGCCCCGGCUGAGAAACCCCAGCUUCUACGUAACUGGGAACAUUAAACAGGUUCUGCAGCUGCA